GAAUGGUUCAAUCACUACAAAAAACAAUCCUAAACAUUUGGCUCAAGGGUUAGUCAAUAAUAAAGUUAGAAUUCAACUUCCAUCAAUUGGGGUCAAUAAGAUCAAGCGAAUUCAGAGCUUUACAGCAGUAACCUUAUCAGAAUCCGUGUACUCCCUCCGUAACAACUCUCAAGAUACUGGGCAUGAAUCAGGGAGUGUACGAAGCAGCAACAAGAAGAGAAGGUUGGAUAGUUUAUUGAACAGACUAAG